CAUCAGCACAGCAGUUGCAUCUUUCUCUCGACACUGCUUCCUCACCACCACACUGGACAAUAUCAACCAUGCUGGCAAUGGCCUGUGUUGCGGGAGCGCGAACAGCGCAGAUGGCUGCGCGCAGUGUUGUGAGCACUCGUUUGGCUGGACGUCCGCUGGCGAGGUGGCUCUCCUCGUCCUCGACGCGGGCCGCUGGUGUCGAGCCCGUGCGCGCGUUUGAGGUGCCGUGCGGACAGCUGAGCGUCACGAUGCUGCCGGCACUGCAGGACAACUACAUGUUCUUGCUCACACACAAGGACAACCCUGGACAGGCGGUUGCCGUGGACAGCGGUGAUGCGCACAUGCACCUCGAGUAUUGCAAGGAACAUGGCCUGGACAUCACCCACUUGCUGACGACACACCACCACUAUGACCACUGCGACGGCAACACUGCGCUCGCCGCCACCUUCCUCAACAUGCCCAUCGUUGGCGGCGAUGAACGCAUUCCCAAGCUCACCCACCUCGCCAAGCACGGCAAGGCCUUCAAGCUGUUCAACAGCACGACGACAGCUCGCGUCAUCCGUGCGUCAGGGCAUACCGUGGGCCAGGUCGCCUUCUUCAUCGAAGCGCCAGAUGCCACGCCACUUCUCUUCUCCGGCGACUCGAUGUUCUCCGCUGGCUGCGGUCGCCUCUUUGAAGGCACACCGGAUAUGAUGUUCCAGACCAUGCUCCGCUUCCGUGAACUCCCGCCCAACACCCUCCUCUUCCCAGGCCACGAGUACACGGUGUCCAACCUGAAGUUUGCGCUGGCGUACGCGGAGGAGCACAGGAGCAGCAGCCCAUGCAGCGCUGAAGCUGUUCAGGCGCAGCUGCAGCGUGCACUCAACCUCCGUGAGAAGGGCCAGCCCACCGUGCCGACAACACUGGCACAGGAGCGCACCUUCAACCCGUUCUUUGCAGCUCGAAGCGCCGACGAGCUUGCUGCCAUUCGCGCAGCCAAAGACAGCUUCUAACAUAUCCACUCCCGCUCUCGCGUGCAUGGUGGUGGUGGGUGGUGGUGGUGGCGGUGGUGGUCGUGGUUACACGCACAAUGGCACUGCUGUUGUAUCAUCUCUGUUCACGCGGGUCCGUGCGCCCUGACCAUGGUGAACCACUCACGUGCGUGCGCCAAUGUUUGCCCUCUUGCAUGAUGGGCAGCUCUCCAUGUUCAUGUAUUGGAAGCAAACCACGCAUGUAACGGCUAUCAUGUCUCGCCUCGCCACCUCCUCCUCCCUUGCUCCUUCUGUUAUCCCGACCCAUAAACAAGCCCUUAACCAGA